CCUUUAACAGCCGGGCUAGGUGUGGUAUCACCUCCACUUGGCGGUCAGCAAAUAGGCGUGUGUGUUUGGGGGGCAGGGGUCAGGUUACUUGGCUUAGUGAUGGCGCAAACCCAGGCCCAACCCCAAAGCCUGCGCUCUUCCCGCACAGCCAGAGGUGGGGGCCGGAAGGAGAGGUCGGCUGUUUGGGAGUCCUGGGAGUAGGGCCGGUAGGCAGACCUGGUGCGGUGGGGAGAAACAAGGCGCCUAGGAGUUCAAGUUGGAGGAGGACGACCACAGGAGCCAGGUAUUGGACAGGUGACUCUCACACGGGGCAUGCUGUUGUCUCCUGAUCCAGCUGGCCUUGCCAGGUGACCAUGCCUGCCCUCGGCCCAGCUCUUCUCCAGGCACUCUGGGCCGGGUGGGUCCUCACCCUCCAGCCCCCACCACCGACUGCUUUCACUCCCAAUGGUACACAUCUGCAGCACCUGGCGCGGGAUCCCACCUCAGGCACCCUCUACCUAGGGGCCACCAACUUCCUGUUCCAGCUGAGCCCUCAACUGCAGCUGGAGGCCACUGUGUCCACUGGCCCUGUGCUAGACAGCAGGGACUGUCUGCCACCUGUGAUGCCUGAUGAGUGCCCUCAGGCCCAGCCCACCAACAACCCGAACCAGCUGCUCCUGGUGAGCCCUGGGGCCCUGGUGGUGUGUGGCAGUGUGCACCAGGGGGUCUGUGAGCAGCGGCGCCUGGGGCAGCUCGGGCAGCUGUUGCUGCGGCCAGAGCGACCUGGGGACACCCAGUAUGUGGCCGCCAACGACCCUGCCGUCACCACGGUGGGACUGGUGGCCCAGGGCUUGGCUGGGGAGCCCCUCCUCUUUGUGGGGCGGGGCUACACCAGCAGGGGCGUGGGGGGUGGCAUCCCUCCCAUCACUACCCGCGCCUUAAGGCCGCUGGACCCCCAGGCCGCCUUCUCUUACGAGGAGACGGCCAAGCUAGCUGUGGGCCGCCUCUCCGAGUACAGCCACCACUUUGUGAGCGCCUUUGCACGCGGGGCCAGUGCCUACUUCCUGUUUCUCCGGCGGGACCUGCAGGCUCAGUCUCGAGCUUUCCGUGCCUAUGUGUCCCGUGUGUGCCUCCGGGACCAGCACUACUACUCCUACGUGGAGUUGCCUCUGGCCUGUCAGGGGGGCCGCUACGGGCUGAUCCAGGCUGCGGCUGUGGCCAUGUCCGCGGAGGUGGCCCGGGGGGAGGUGCUGUUUGCAGCCUUCUCCUCGGCCGCUCCCCCCACUGUGGGCCGGCCCCCGUCGGCAGCUGCCGGGGCAUCUGGAGCCUCUGCCCUCUGUGCCUUCCCCCUGGAUGAGGUGGAUCGCCUUGCUAAUCGCACACGCGAUGCCUGCUACACUCGGGAGGGCCGCGCUGAGGAUGGGGCCGAGGUGGCCUACAUUGAGUAUGAUGUCAAUUCCGACUGUGCUCAGCUGCCCGUGGACACCCUGGAUGCUUACCCUUGUGGCUCAGACCACACGCCCAGCCCCAUGGCCAGCCGUGUCCCCCUGGAAGCCACGCCAGUUCUGGAGUGGCCAGGGGUUCAGCUAACAGCCGUGGCAAUCACUGUGGAAGAUGGACACACCAUUGCUUUCCUGGGUGACAGUCAAGGGCAGCUGCAUAAGGUCUACUUGGGCCCAGGGAGUGAUGGCCACCCGUACUCCACACGGAUCAUCCAGCAGGGGUCUGCGGUGAGCAGAGACCUCAUCUUUGAUGGGGCCUUCGAGCACCUGUAUGUCAUGACCCAGAGCACGCUUCUCAAGGUUCCUGUGGCCUCCUGUGCUCAGCACCUGGACUGUGCAUCUUGCCUGGCUCACAGGGACCCAUACUGUGGGUGGUGUGUGCUCCUCGGCAGGUGCAGUCGCCGUUCCGAGUGCUCUCGGGGCCGGGGCUUAGAGCGGUGGCUGUGGAGCUUCCAGCCUGAGGUGGGCUGUCUGCGAGUGGCAGCCUUGAGUCCUGCUAACAUCAGCCGUGAGGAGAGGAGGGAGGUUUUCUUGUCGGUACCUGAUCUGCCACCCCUGUGGCCAGGGGAGUCUUAUUCCUGCCACUUUGGGGAAUACCAGAGUCCUGCCCUGCUGACCAGUUCUGGUGUGAUGUGCCCCUCCCCAGACCCUAGUGAGGCUCCAGAGCUGCCGAGAAAAGCCGACCACGUCUCCGUGAGCCUGGAGCUCAGGUUUGGCGCCGUCGUGAUUGCCGAGGCUUCCCUCUCCUUCUAUGACUGCAUGGCCGUCACCUUGCUCCGCCCAUCUGCACAGUGCCAGGCCUGCGUGAGAAGCCUCUGGGGGUGUAACUGGUGUGUUUGGCAGCACCUGUGCACACACAAGGCCUCGUGUGAUGCUGGGCCCAUGGUGGUCAGCCGACAGAGCCCGCCCCUCUCCCGAGCCCCUCCUGCAAGAGACGCACCCACCUCCUUCCCACCCACAGCCCCCAGGGCCACGGUCACCCCGGUUCCUUACGCCCUUCCCGUGGACACUCCUUCCACAGCCACAGCCUUGGAUGUUCCCCCCGGGGCCAGGCCUUCCCUGCUCAGCCCCCGGGAGCCGUGGGCAGGUCCCGGCCCCACACCUGUCUCGGCUUCCACGGGCUCACCUCUCCAUGAGGCCCCUCCUCCUCCCAGCCCCCGCCAGAGGCCUGGAACCGCUCUCCCUGCCCCCACGGCCUUCGGACCCAUAGCCACCGCCGAGGACCUCUUGGCCUCACACCCAUCGCCCUCAGACGCAGCAGCACUGCCCCCCGCCCUUGCAGAGCCUGGCCCUGAGGCUCUCCCCUCUGCGGUACCCCUGGACCAGCCCCCCGGCACGGCUCCCGCCACCACUUUCCCAGGGGCCGCUGGCUCCACGAAGCCCGCUCUGGACUGGCUCAUGAGAGAAGGCGGCGAGCUGCCCGAGGCGGACGAGUGGACGGGGGGUGACACGCCCGCCUUCUCCACUUCCACCCUCCUCUCAGGUGAUGGAGACUCUGCUGAGCACGAGGGCCCUCCCGCCCCCCUCAUCCUCCUGUCCAGCCUUGACUACCAGUACGACACCCCUGGGCUCUGGGAGCUGGAGGCGACCUCGGGGCCAGGCUCCUGCCCUUGUGUGGAGAGCGUGCAGGGCUCCAGCCUGAUGCCGGUCCACGUGCCGCGAGAAGUGCGACUGCUGGGCAGGAACCUGCACCUCUUCCAGGACAGCCCAGGAGACCAUGAGUGUGUGAUGGAGCUGGAGGGCCACGAGGUGGUGGUUGAGGCCCGGGUCGAAUGUGAGCUGCCUCCAGAUACCCGGUGCCACGUCACCUGCCAGCAGCACCAGCUCAGCUAUGAGGCUCUGCAGCCAGAGCUCCGCGUGGGGCUGUUUCUGCGUCGGGCUGGCCAUCUGCGUGUGGACAGUGUGGAUGGGCUGCACGUGGUGCUUUAUGACUGUUCCGUGGGACACGAGGACUGCAGCCGCUGCCAAGCUGCCAUGCCCCAGUACGGCUGUGUGUGGUGCAAGGGGGAGCAGCCACGCUGCGUGGCCCGGGAGGCCUGUGGCGAGGCUGAGGCUGUGGUCACCCAGUGCCCGGCACCCCUCAUCCACUCGGUGGAGCCACUGACUGGGCCUGUAGACGGAGGCACCCGUGUCACCAUCAGGGGCUCCAACCUGGGCCAACAUGUGCAGGACGUGCAGGACACGGUCAGGGUGGCUGGAGUGCCCUGUGCUGUGGACGCUCAGGAGUACGAGGUGUCCAGCAGCCUUGUGUGUAUCACUGGGGCCAGCGGGGAGGAGGUGGCAGGCGCUGUGACGGUGGAGGUGCCAGGAAGAGGACACGGCGUCUCAGAGCAUGACUUUGCCUACCAGGACCCAAAGGUGCAUUCCGUCUUCCCGGCCCGAGGCCCCAGAGCCGGGGGCACCAGCCUCACCCUGCACGGCUCCAAGCUUCUGACCGGGCGGCUGGAGGACAUCCGAGUGGUAGUUGGAGACCAGCCUUGUCACCUGCUGCUGGAGCAGCAGGCGGAGCAGCUGCGGUGUGAGACCAGCCCACACGCCACGCCUGCCACGCUCCCCGUGGCUGUGUGGUUUGGGGCUGCUGAGCGGAGGCUUCAUCACAGCCAGUUCGAGUACACAGCGGACCCCAAUGUCACCUCUGCUGGCCCCGCCAAGAGCUUCCUCAGUGGAGGACGUGAGAUAUGGGUCCGUGGCCAGAAUUUGGACGUGGUACAGACACCAAGAAUCCGAGUGACUGUGGCCAUGAGAGCGCCAGGGCCAGGCCAGGGGCUUGGGCGGAGGCACCGCGUGAUCCCGGAGACGGCGUGCUCCCCCGGAGCCUCCUGUGGUGGCCUUCACUUUGAGGAGCCUUGCCAUGUGAACUCCUCCCAGCUCAUCACGUGCCGCACGCCGGCCCUCCCAGGCCUGCCUGAGGACCCCUGGGUCCGUGUGGAAUUCAUCCUUGACAACUUGGUCUUUGACUUUGCAACACUGAACCCCACACCCUUCUCCUAUGAGGCCGACCCCACUCUGCAGCCCCUCAACCCUGAGGACCCCACCGCACCCUUCCGGCACAAGCCUGGGAGUGUGCUCUCUGUGGAGGGGGAGAAUCUGGACCUUGCGAUGUCCAAGGAGGAGGUGGUGGCCAUGAUAGGGGACGGCCCCUGCAUGGUGAAGACGCUGACCCGGCACCACCUGUACUGCGAGCCCCCCGUGGAGCAGCCCCUACCCUGGCACCAUGCCCUCGGGGAGGUGCCUGAUGCUUUGCCUGAGUUCACGGUGCAGAUGGGGAACCUACGCUUCUCCCUGGGCCAUGUGCAGUACGAUGGCGAGAGCCCUGUGGCUUUUCCCAUGGCAGCCCAGGUGGGCUUGGGGGUGGGCACCUCUCUUCUGGCUCUGGGUGUCAUCAUCAUUGUCCUCAUGUACAGGAGGAAGAGCAAGCAGGCUCUGAGGGACUAUAAGAAGGUGCAGAUCCAGCUGGAGAAUCUGGAGAGCAGCGUGCGGGACCGCUGCAAGAAGGAGUUCACAGACCUUAUGACCGAGAUGACCGAUCUUACCAGUGACCUUCUGGGCAGUGGCAUCCCCUUCCUCGACUACAAGGUGUAUGCCGAGAGGGUCUUCUUCCCUGGGCACCAGGAGUCGCCCUUGCACCGGGACCUGGGCGUGCCUGAGAGCAGGCGACCCACUGUGGAACAAGGGCUGGGGCAGCUCUCCAACCUGCUUAACAGCAAGCUCUUCCUCAUCAAGUUCAUCCACACCCUGGAGAGCCAGCGCACCUUCUCAGCUCGGGACCGCGCCUAUGUGGCAUCUCUGCUCACCGUGGCACUGCAUGGGAAGCUUGAGUACUUCACUGACAUCCUGCGCACCCUGCUCAGUGACCUGGUGGCCCAGUACGUGGCCAAGAACCCCAAACUGAUGCUGCGCAGGACAGAGACCGUGGUGGAGAAGCUGCUCACCAACUGGAUGUCCAUCUGCCUCUACACUUUCGUGAGGGACUCGGUAGGGGAGCCUCUGUACAUGCUUUUCCGUGGAAUUAAGCAUCAAGUGGACAAGGGGCCAGUAGACAGCGUGACUGGCAAAGCCAAAUACACCCUGAAUGACAACCGCCUGCUCCGAGAGGACGUGGAGUACCGUCCCCUGACCUUGAAUGCACUACUGGCCGUGGGGCCUGGAGCGGGAGAAGCCCAGGGCGUGCCCGUGAAGGUCCUGGACUGUGACACCAUCUCCCAGGCCAAGGAAAAGAUGUUGGACCAGCUUUAUAAAGGAGUGCCUCUUGCCCAGCGGCCAGACCCCCGCACCCUGGACGUCGAAUGGCGGUCUGGGGUGGCCGGGCAUCUCAUUCUUUCCGACGAGGACGUGACUUCUGAGGUCCAGGGUCUGUGGAGGCGCCUGAACACCCUGCAGCAUUACAAGGUCCCAGACGGAGCAACUGUGGCCCUCGUCCCCUGCCUCACCAAGCAUGUCCUCCGGGAAAGCCAGGAUUAUGUCCCUGGAGAGAGUCUUGGUACAGGGACCCCAAUGCUGGAGGAUGUGGAUGAGGGGGGCAUCCGGCCCUGGCACCUGGUGAAGCCAAGCGAGGAGCCGGAGCCGCCCAGGCCUCGGAGGGGCAGCCUCCGGGGCGGGGAGCGGGAGCGAGCCAAGGCCAUCCCUGAGAUCUACCUGACCCGCCUGCUGUCCAUGAAGGGCACCCUGCAGAAGUUUGUGGAUGACCUGUUCCAGGUGAUUCUCAGCACCAGCCGUCCCGUGCCGCUCGCUGUGAAGUACUUCUUUGACCUGCUGGACGAGCAGGCCCAGCAGCAUGGCAUCUCGGACCAGGACACUGUCCAUAUAUGGAAGACCAACAGCUUGCCGCUGAGGUUCUGGAUCAAUAUAAUAAAAAACCCGCAGUUUGUGUUCGACGUGCAGACAUCUGACAACAUGGAUGCGGUGUUCCUGGUCAUUGCACAGACCUUCAUGGAUGCCUGCACCCUGGCUGACCACAAGCUGGGCCGGGACUCUCCCAUCAACAAACUUCUGUAUGCUCGGGAUAUUCCCCGGUACAAACGGAUGGUGGAAAGGUACUACGCAGACAUCAGACAGACCAUCCCCGCCAGUGAUCAAGAGAUGAACUCCAUCCUGGCCGAGCUGUCCCGGAACUACUCUGGAGACCUGGGGGUGCGAGUGGCCCUGCACGAACUCUACAAGUAUAUCAACAAAUACUAUGACCAGAUCAUCACUGCCCUGGAGGAAGAUGGCACGGCCCAGAAGAUGCAGCUGGGCUAUCGGCUCCAGCAGAUCGCAGCGGCUGUAGAAAACAAGGUCACAGAUCUGUAGGGACUUGGAGAGCCCUGGCCUGCUGUGCCUCAGCCCCGCCUGGGCAGCCCCAGAACCACGAGGGAGAGACCACCUUCUUAGAUGCCUGUAGUGCCUGCCCAGCGGAGUUAGUGAAAGGUGGCUCCAAGUCUCCUGGUGGCUCUGGCCUGGGCCCUACUGGACUCAUCUCGCAGGCCUGGGGCCUUGAGGCUGAUGGAGUGGUGACCCUGAGGCCAGUGACCCUGCGGGCUACUUUCUGUGUGACGUUAGUCUGAGGGAAACUGGGGACUAAGGGCUUCCAGAGAGUGGCUGGAAGGGCCUCCAGCCCCUGGGGAGACUGUACUGCUCCUGAACACUGGCUUUUAUCCCAGGGGAUUCAGAGAGGAAGGAGGAGAGCCCCCACUUCCUGCCCCGCCCUCCUCCUCCACCAUCCCUGACCUCGUUAGCUGCCUCUGGCCAUGUUGCUGCUGCCACGUUCCUAGGUCGGAGAGAUGAAUGCCUUUCCUAGGCCGCUGCAAACUGACCUCUCAGCAGGGCUGGCUGCUUCAGGGCCACCCUGCCACCGAGGCAGCCAGGAGUGAGGGGUGUCUGUUGCAGGGGGUCCUCGGGGAGAAUGGUGGCCCUACUGACCCGGCUCUUCAUUAAAGGAUAACACACUG